CCGCUCGCUUCCUGCUCUCUUUCCGGUCGUGAAGCUAAGCUAGCCGAGAGGAUGCCGUCGAUGGAAUACGACGACUCCAAGCCCAGCUGGGCAGACCAGGUCGAGGAGGAGGGAGAUGAAGGCACACUCCCACCUCCCAAGGAAACCAUCAAAGGAAACAUUAAAACCACCACCGAGUAUAAAAUAGACGAGGAUGAGGGAAAGAAGUUCAAGAUUGUGCGAACCUUCAAGAUCGAGAAUAGAAAAGCCUCAAAAGCUGUGGCCCGGAGAAAGAACUGGAAGAAAUUCGGCACCUCUGAGUUUGAUUCACCGGGUCCUAACGUGGCCACCACCACAGUCAGUGACGAUGUCUAUAUGACGUUCCUCUCCAGCAAGGAGGACUUGAACGCCACAGACCAAGAGGAGGAUCCCAUGAACAAACUGAAGGGACAGAAGAUUGUGUCUUGCCGAAUCUGUAAAGGAGACCACUGGACCACCCGCUGUCCGUACAAGGACACCCUGGGCCCCAUGCAGAAGGAGCUGGCCGAUCAGCUUGGGCUUUCCACCUCAGACCCGACCAAGCCUCCUGGAUCCGAACCAGAGCCUGCAACACCGUCACUGGGGAGUAAGACAGGGAAGUAUGUCCCCCCGAGCCUGAGGGACGGAGGCACGAGGAGAGGGGAGUCGAUGCAACCCAACCGCAGAGGUGGGGCUGAUGACAAUGCCACCAUCCGUGUGACCAAUCUGUCCGAGGACACCCGAGAGACUGACCUGCAGGAGCUUUUCAGGCCGUUUGGCUCCAUCUCCAGGAUUUAUCUGGCCAAGGACAAGAAUACUGGACAGUCCAAGGGAUUUGCCUUCAUCAGUUUCCAUCGUCGGGAGGAUGCAGCCAGAGCUAUUGCAGGAGUGUCAGGAUUUGGAUAUGAUCAUCUUAUUCUCAAUGUUGAAUGGGCCAAGCCGUCCAACAACUAAGGAAUCUGGCAGAAUAUAUUCCGAAAUGAAGCCAGAUUUGAUUGUCGUGGUUAAAUAUGGCUGUUACCAAAAGAGAAUAAAGAGUACUUGUGAUCACAA